GCUGUCAAUAUAACGAAGGCUAAAACAAGUUUCGGAUUCAGUUCCCAGUUGUCGCUUGCAGUGGUAGAAAGCUGCUCGAAACUAAUAAUUUCUUGAACGAAGAUGGCACGCCAGUUAUCAGUUACCAUAGUGAUACUGAUUUUGAAUUGUGUCAUGAUCUUGGGGGCUCCCACAAGGGAAGACGUGAGUAUUCAACCAACCGCGGGGAUUGAUAAUCAAACUAAUUUGAGUGCGAAGCUCAGUGUGAAGCGAUCCGCUGACCAGAAUACAGUCAGAAAAGUUAUACUUGAUGACCAAGAGAUUGAGAUAGUCAAAGCAAUACUCUACGGCUUCGUCGAGUCCAAUGGAGUCAAUUACCAGGUCUUUAACGAAGACAUAGCGAAUGGAAAUUACCAAAACAUCAACAAUCUGAAUCAUUUCACUUCAGCACCUUUACCACCACUACAACAAGGAUUCCCUGGUGCAGCUGGAGCCGCAGGAGCAUCUGCAGGCGCUUUUGGAGGCGCAGGAGCUUCUGCAGGCAGUUUUGGAGGCGCUCCGGAUGAUUCUCCGAGUCAAAUUGAUAGCAAACUGUGUUUGUCGUUAUGCGGCAGAAAAUAACUUUUUUUAAUAUGGCGCGCAUUGUUUAUUCAUUGUAUCACAUUUUUUUCUCAAAAUAAAUGUAACUGCAAAGCAGAAAAAAUAGUUCUGGAUUUCGCCGAACUAUUUGUAA